CAGGCACCCGGGCCUUUUUCCUGAAUGAAAUAGCUGAGCAUUCGCUGGCUGAAAAGAGGGGAGAUUCUUCUCCCUUGCAUUUUAUUUGUAAACUCUUCCAGGCUUGCAUUCCCGCCUCAGCAAAGGAAACAAAAGCCGAAGAAGCUGGGAAGAUGAAAUGCAUCAUAGGAAUAGGCGGUGUGACGAAUGGGGGCAAAACCACUUUGACCAAUAGACUUAUAAAAGCCCUUCCAAACUGUUGUGUUGUCCAUCAAGAUGACUUUUUUAAGCCACAAGAUCAAAUACAAGUCGGGGAAGACGGCUUUAAACAGUGGGAUGUGCUGGAUUCCCUGGAUAUGGAGGCCAUGGUGAGCACCGUCAAAGCCUGGAUGGAGAAUCCGGUGAAAUUUGCCCGAUCCCACGGGGUGAACGUCUCGCGUGACUCCCAAUCACCCAGUUCCUCUCGGGAUAUCCAUGUCCUGGUGAUCGAAGGCUUCCUUCUUUACAACUAUAGGCCAUUGGUGGACCUGUUUAACAAACGGUACUACUUAGCAGUCCCGUAUGAUGAAUGCAAGCGAAGGAGGAGUACCCGCCGGUACACUGUACCGGACCCUCCUGGUCUCUUUGACGGUCAUGUCUGGCCCAUGUACCUCAAGCACCGGAAAGAGAUGGAGGCCAAGGAAGUCGACGUUGUUUACUUGGAUGGGCGAGAGUCCAGAGACGCCUUAUUCAAGCAAGUCUUUGAAGAUAUUCAGAACCAGUUUUUAAAUUGUUCAUAGGAUCUGUGGAAAACCAGAAGGUCCAUGUACAGAUUUGAUGUAAAUAUUAAUUUCGAUCUUUGCAUUAGCGGUUAAGAAGCCCCAUCUGGUGCUCUCCCUGUCCUUCGGAAAACAGCUUUAUGUAUAUAGUUGAAAGUGAACGUAAUUUAUUUAUGGUAUACCCAUGGACAGGUGUGAGUGUGUUUUUUUUUUAAAUUUUAUUUUAUAUUCCAUUGGUUUCAACAUGUAUGUUUCAAAAUUUUUUUAUAAUGGAACACUGAAUUUGCAAAAUAGGCCUUUUGUCUCCGUAUCUCUGUCGCCACAGGAAACCUGUUUAGUUCUGUUCCCGAAGCUUGCAUAACACCGCCUUGUACACAUAAUAAAGAAAUGGUUGAAAUA